AUGCCUCUCGGGAUACAUAAUCCCCUGCCUUCGUCUCUAGGAAGCGAAUGCAGGAAAGCCGGCAAAAUUCUUGCUUCCUUUAUCGACCCAAAACAAGCCUUUGGACCUGACAAGGUUAUACCUCCUGAAAUUCUGGCCGGUGCUAAGGGUCUGGCUAUCCUCACCAUCUUAAAAGCUGGUUUUUUGGGCUCCGCUCGUUUUGGAUCAGGAGUAGUCGUCGCUCGUCUGGCCGAUGGAACUUGGUCCGCUCCGUCAGCAAUCGCAACUGCAGGUGCUGGGUUUGGAGGGCAGAUUGGAUUCGAGUUGACUGACUUCGUCUUCAUUCUCAACGAUGCUGCUGCUGUCCGAACCUUUUCACAGGUAGGAACCCUGACUCUGGGUGGCAACGUUUCCAUUGCGGCAGGUCCGGUGGGACGGAAUGCGGAGGCUGCGGGCGCAGCAAGCACAAAGGGUGUGGCCGCGGUAUUCUCGUAUUCGAAAACGAAGGGACUCUUUGCGGGUGUGAGUUUGGAAGGAAGCAUGCUGGUGGAACGGAAAGAUGCAAAUGAGAAGCUCUACAAUAGCAGAGUGUCAGCCCGCCAGCUGCUCAGUGGAACGAUCCGACCCCCCCCAGCCGCAGACCCCCUUCUCACCAUCUUGAACUCCCGCGCCUUCUACGGUAACGGACGAUCCCAAGGCGACUCUAUGUACAAUGACAUCCCUGUCUACGAUGACCGACAUGAUGAUGUGGUAUGGGAAGGACGGCGAGGGGAAGCAUAUGGAGAAGGCGCUCGACGAUCUCGGACAGGAUUGAGUGACGCGGACGACUACGAGUACCGAGAUCGGCCCCGUCGUGCGAACACGUGGGCCGAUGAUGUGUACGACCGGCCUGCGGGAGGCCUCGGUCGUUCUUCUACUACCCGUUACGGCCGCAAUGAUAGCUCUGACACUUUCGGCCGUAGUCGCAGCAACACAGCACCCUUUGGUGAGGAUGACUAUGUAUAUUCGGAUCGCAAGCCCAGCCGGCCUACGGCACCCAAGCCAGUCUUUGGGCAACGAACAGGACAGGCUGCGGCUCUGCGUCAGGAUCAAGCAAUUGCCUUGUUUACUUUCGAUGCCGACCAAGAGGGAGACUUAGGUUUCAAGAAAGGGGACAUUAUCACGAUUCUCAAGAGGACCGACAAGAAAGAAGACUGGUGGACGGGUCGUAUCGGGAACCGGGUCGGCAUCUUCCCUAGGUAA